AUGAAUCCCUCCACGAUAAGGCUUGGAAGCAACCCAGUCGUGAUACCCGUCCCCUCCGAAAGCUACAAUAUCGCCGAAGAAUUGUCCCAUGGCUUCGACAAAUCCCUGGAAUCUCACGAAAAAGAAAGAUCUCCAGCCGAGCUGGUGUUGAGAUUCAUCACCUACCUCUCGCGCCAGAAGGCAACAAUCGCCGCUUCUUCAUAUCCGGGAACUGAUCAAUUUCUCCAAGAACUAUGCAAUUUUUAUGAGCGAUCUGUCUUGGAGGAAUUUGAUAUCCAUACUCAUGCGGGUAAUGUCACCGACGCUUCUCAAUUCGGGCUUGAAUUGCUUCGCCUGCACUACACCACCUACUUGAAUCCCCAAAUACCUCUUAAAUUGAAAAUGACUUCGCUUUUCCGUGCCGCAAGCACCGAAAAUGCAAACAUAUAUGCCAUUUUCGGUGGACAGGGUAAUACUCGGGAAUACUGGCAAGAGAUACAGCAGCUUUAUAAUGCAUACGAACCACUGGUCAAACCCCUUGUUGUCGCCCUCGACGACCAUUUAUCUGCUCUGGCUUGCCACCCAGCCGCUAAAAACCAAUUUUCCCACGGUCUCAGAGUUCUUGAUUGGUUGAAAAACACCAAAGAUUCACCUUCAUCAGAAUAUCUUUUAAGCGCGCCUGUUAGCCUACCUCUCAUCGGGCUGCUUCAAUGCAUGAGCCUCCACGCACUGCUAGCAGGACUUGGGAUCUCACCACGAGAGAUUCCUUUUGUGUUCAAACAGAUACACGGGCACUCACAGGGUAUCGUUGUCGCCGCUGUCGCAGCCUCUGCUGCAUCAUGGGAAGACUGGUACCAACAUUCCAUCCAAGCCAUUACGAUUCUUUAUUGGAUCGGAGUUCGAAGUCAGCAGGCCUUUGCCGAUGCACCACCAUCUCCAAACCAAAUUUCUGAGAUCGCACAGCGCGGGCAAGGAGAACCAUCUCCAAUGUUAUCUGUGUCAAAUACACAGCGACACAUUCUUCUACAGCAAAUUAAUCGUGUGAAUGAUGCAUUGCCCAUCAGUAAACAUAUUGCUGUCUCCCUUGUCAACAGCGACACAGGCUUUGUGGUCAGUGGGCCACGACGAGCACUGAUAGCGUUGAGUGAUAUUAUUCAGAAAGACAUUCCGAAAGAAAGCCAACAUAGGGUGCCAUUUUCGAAGAGGAGAGCGGUUCCUUCACUCACAUUCCUUCCUGUCAGCCUUCCCUUCCACUCUAACAUCCUUUCAUCAGCGGUGGAUGCGGCUUUGGAGGACUUGAAAGAUGUACGAAUACUUCGAAGCCAGCUACGGAUUCCUGUCAAUCAAACCGCCGGUGGCUUUCCCUGGAAAGAUGGGUCUGAGACGAACAUAGUUCCCGACCUUGUGCGACUGGUCACUGUCCUCCCGGUUAACUGGAAGGAUCAAUCAUUCGACGGUGCUACCCAUGUGAUUGACUUCGGGCCCGGAUUGGGGAGUGGUAUCGGGGCUCUAGCGCAGCGCAGCUUGCAAGGAACGGGCACACGGACAAUAUCGGCCAAUGUUCUCACCAAAAAGCAAUCAAGUGCGCUCGGGUCUAGAUUGGAGUUGUUUGAUCGCCAUAAUGUUUUCCAAGGAACGGAUUGGAGCUCUUCGUUUGGACCAGAGGUCAUACAAACGGCUGCCGGUAUGCAUAUAGCAACUCGAUUCAGUCGACUUCUGGGCCUACCACCUUUCAUGAUUGCUGGUAUGACUCCUACCACUGCGCAUAUACCCCUAGUAGCGAAGGCUAUGCAGGCCGGCUAUCACAUUGAACUUGCUGGUGGCGCAUAUCAUUCGCCUGCUCGGCUCACGGAAGCACUCGAGAAAUUGCGUCCCCAAAUGCCUAAAGGCCGAGCCGUCGCUUUGAACAUCAUUUACAUUAACCCGAGGGCCAUUGCCUGGCAGAUUCCACUGAUUCAGAAAUUGGUUGCUGAAGGCUAUCCCAUUGACAGUAUCACCGUCGGUGGUGGUGUUCCUUCUUUAGAUGUGGCAACACAGUACAUAACUACGCUGGGUCUUCGAUACAUAUCGUUCAAACCGGGCUCCAUCGCUGCUAUACAGAGUGUGCUACAGAUAGCACGCGCCAAUCCAUCAUUUCCUGUGGUUCUUCAAUGGACGGGUGGACGUGGUGGCGGUCAUCAUUCAUUUGAGGACUUUCAUCAACCUAUCCUUGAUACAUACGACGAAAUCCGACAUUGCAGCAAUAUUAUCCUGGUUGCGGGAAGUGGAUUCGGAUUUGUCGAUGACGUUAAUCCAUACUUGACUGGAACCUGGUCACAGAGCAGAGGCAAAGCAGCUGCCAUGCCAUUCGACGGCAUUCUCUUCGGGAGUCGAGUGAUGACAUGCUUGGAAGCUAAUACAGCGACCGGAUCUAAGAGUUGCAUUGCAAAUUCUGAGGGCUUGAAAGAUAACCAAUGGGAAGGCACACUAAAAGGCUCUUGUGGUGGAAUUAUAUCUAUUAAGUCCGAAAUGGGCGAGGCGAUGCAUGUCGUCGCGACAAGGGGUGCCAUAUUUUGGGCUGAAAUGGACUCGACAAUUUUCGGCUUGAGCAAGGAUAAACAGCUUCCAGUUCUACAGGCUCGCAGAAGUGAAAUAACCAGGAGACUCAACAGAGACUUUCAAAAGGUUUGGUUUGGUCAUAAUGCGAAAACGAACAGCGCAUCUGAUAUCAGACACAUGACCUAUGCUGAGGUUUUGCAUCGCAUGAUAUCACUCAUGUUCCUCCCCGUACCUCGAGGGUGGAUCGAUGAAAGCUAUCACACCAUUUUUCUUGACUUCUUCUUACGCACGGAAGAGCGACAUGCGUCUCCAAUCAUCCCAGAACCUGCUAUAUCGGCUCUUACGCGCUCGGAUCCCGUGAAGGCUAUUCAGAAUCUCGGCUGUACUCAUCCAGCAAUUUACGACAGUCUUUUGAGUACCGAGGAUAUGCAUUAUUUUCUUCAAAUUUGCCGAAGGCCAAAUCAGAAGCCCGUACCCUUUGUGCCUGUACUCGAUAUGAACUUUGAGAGCUGGUUCAAGAAAGAUUCCCUUUGGCAGUCUGAAGACCUUGCAGCAGUUCAAGAUCAAGAUGCGCAACGAACCUUGAUUUUGCAAGGUCCGGUCGCAGUCCGGUCAAUCAACAAGAUCGACGAGCCAGUCAAGGAUGUGAUGAAUGCCAUAAAUGAUGGAAACUUGUCACUUCUACUUGAUACCGGCAAAUACGGAGAUCCAGAGAAACUGAAAUAUGAGGAGUUCCUUGCGCCAUUUUCUGUCAUUUCGGAUGCAGAGAAAUGCCAGUCAGAGCUGCGAGCCACGGAGCCGUCGUGGAAAACAGCAUUUUUAACCCACCCAGUGUUCUUCCAAGAUCGUGGCUUUGUUGCAAACCCACUGUCAAAAAUACUGACACCUACUCAUGCAUCAAUUCAUAAAGGAGAAGAUGCCGUUGCCUUUGGUCUGUACAACGACAAUGGUGAAUUCCGCGAACAUGUCACCGUCGAGCGCAAUGGACAACAAAUCGCGAUGCAUCUUUGGACGUAUGUCAGUAUCAGUGAUGGGCCGGUCCCACUGUCUCUGUUGUAUGAAUAUCACCCCGAGGCAUCAUAUUGUCCCAUCUGGGAAACAACUGACGACCGCGCCGAACGUAUUUAUACGUUUUACGAAAAUAUCUGGCUUGGUAAGAGUUUGAAUGGCCCGAAAACCCCUGUGGACUUCAUGCGACCGCAUGAGAAGUCAGCCGUUGUGGAAAAGUCGGCUGUUCAGGCGUUCAUUGAAGCAACGAACUAUAUGGGUGCAUGCGCUGUUCCGCUGGACUUUAGCAUUGUCCUCGCUUGGGGUGCGAUAUCCCGUGCUCUCCUUCAGCGGCCUGUGCAAGGCGACCUGCUCACACUGGUUCAUCUUUCGAACAAGUUUGAAGUUCAAACGGCAGAGAAUUCAUUCCAAAUUGGUGAUCGUGUAACAGCAUCAGCUCAGAUUCGAAAGAUCAGUCUUGGAAAUUCUGGCAAGCUGAUAGAAAUUUCCUGCGACCUGAAGCGUCAUGAAACUGUCAUCGUUACAAUUACCUCCGAGUUUCUGAUACGGGGCUCAUGCAACAGCAGCGAUGAUCGUUACCUCUUCUCCAAGUCCAAGCGGGACUCGACUCAAGUGGCUUUCUCCUCAUCGGAGGAGCAGUCCAUUUUGAUUUCAAAACCAUGGAUCCGCUGGGAUUAUCCAACAAGUUCCGAGCUCGACAAAUCUGAUCUUAUAUUCCAAGUCGAAACAACCUGUCAAGAACAAGUGCAAUCCACUCGAGGGGGUGUAUAUGUAAUAUUGCAAGGCCAGCGCCAGCGCCGGGUUGGUACAGUCGACUAUGCUGGUGAGGUAUCAGUGACGAACCCUGUUAUAGAGAUGCUUGACCGUCGAGGGCAGCCAUUCCACCCACACCAUCCCCUUGAGAACGCCAUCCCACUGCCAUGUGAAGAAUUGCUAAUUCUUUCAUCUUCGAACACCGAGUACUCCCAUGCCUCUGGGGAUUUCAAUCCGAUUCACACAUCGCCGGUAUUCUCGAAUUACGUUCAGUUGCCUGGAACGAUUUCACACGGGAUGAAGACCUCCGCACAGGUCCGCUAUGCAGUUACAAAAUGGGCAGCCGAGGGUGAUGAGCGCCGUAUCUGUCUUUAUAAUGUGUCUUUUGUGGGUAUGGUACUUCCAGGAGACACACUCCGAAUUUCCCUGCAGCAUGUUGCAAUGAAGAACGGUCUGAAAGUGGUUCAGAUCGACGUUUCGAAGCAGGAUUCGGGUGAGAAAGUCCUUUCAGGAGAGACACACAUUCAUCAGCCUCGGACGGCCUUCUUCUUUGCGGGACAGGGAAGUCAGCAGGCGUCCAUGGGUAUGGACCUCUACGAGCGAUCACCCAUCGCCCGUAAUCUCUGGGACCGCUGCGAUGCCUACUUUGAAGAUCAGUUUGGUUUCCAGCUUCGCAAGAUCGUUUGCGAAAAUCCCACAGAGCUCGUGAUUCAGUUUGGGGGGCCUCGUGGUCGUCAAUUGCGUCAAAACUACAUGCAAAUGGUGUACGAAAUUCCGGAGGACGGCACCAUUCGUUUGCGUCGGAUGUUUCCCGAAGUCAGCGCAGAGACAACCGCAUACCGAUUUCGGUACCCCGGUGGCCUUCUAUUUGCAACGCAGUUUGCGCAGCCGGCCCUGACUGUUAUGGAAAUGGCAUCGUUUCAAGAUGCUGCAUCCCGGCAGGUAGUUCCCCAAAAUGCAGUAUUUGCCGGUCAUUCCUUGGGAGAAUACGCUGCUUUGGCAGCUGUGACGGAUUUCGUGGCGUUAGAAAAGCUGCUCUACGUUGUGUUCUGUCGUGGACUGACCAUGCAGGCUGCCGUUGAGCGUGAUGAUUUGAAUCGGUCUAGCUAUGGCAUGGUGGCCGUUGAUCCUUAUCGAGUUUCUUCUGCAUUCAAUGAUUCUGGACUUCAGACUGCCGUUACUCUGGUCUCCAGACAUGCCGGUUUUGUGGAAAUUGUGAAUUUCAAUGUGUCUUCUCGUCAAUACAUUUGUGCUGGAGAUCUACGUGCUUUGGAUUGUCUUCAACAUGUUUUGGAUGCACUUUCAAUCAAAUACACCAGCGACUUAGAUGCGUUGGAGACUCUGAUUCGCCAGCAAUCUAUCGCCUACAAAGAGGUCCAAGCCUCAACCUUGCAACUGAGCCGCGGACGCGCGACCGUUCCCUUGGCUGGAAUCGACGUUCCAUUCCACUCUUCACAGCUCAAGCCAAUGAUUGAACCCUUCCGCCGGAUUUUGAGCACUAUACUUGAUCUGCGCGGGGCAAUUAAUCCAGCCCAGCUGGUCGGUCGAUACGUCCCUAAUCUGACUGGUACGCCGUUUUCCCUUGAUCCAUCCUACAUCAAGGCUAUACUUGCGAGAACGGGAUCUACGCAUCUUCGGCACAUAUUAGACCACUGGGAGUCGGAGUGGGGGUCGCGUAUUCGGCGUGAGCGCGCGUUGCUAUCGGGCAUCGGACAGUAA